GACCACUUUUUCGAAUCCCGCCAACAAACUGCCCUUUCUCGGAUAUCGUCGCGCACAUCCAACGCUGCUUCCGAAGUUAACUUUCAAAAGAUGGCAGACCUUGACACGGUAAACAGGUUAAAAAGGUGUAAAUAAGAAAAGUAAACGCAGCAUGGACACUUUGAUUGAUGGUAUUGUUGCUGCUGUGGUAACAACCAACUUUAGGAAGACUGUGGCAUGUGAUGAACUAGUUAUAACUCAAGUAAAAAAGAGGGUACGCUCAGAAGCUAUGACUCUUUUUAAGCAACAUAAAAGCCAUCUAGACAUCAUUUUGAAUUUAAAGGAGAGAUUGCAAGCUAUUUACCAUGGUGAAAAGCUUUUGUGUGAUACUAUGCGAAAGAAACCAGCAAAGGGUCAACUUAACAUCCAUUAUAGUGACAGUGAAGAUAAUGAUGAUGAUAAUGAUAACAAGAAGGAAGAAAAAAUGAAAAACUUUCUUUCAACAUCAAAAAAGGAAAAAAAAGAAGAGUCAAUAAAGCAAUAUUAUAACUACCUUUGUGAAUAUAAGAAUGAUCCAGAUGUUUACAAUCGCAUUCAAGGAUUAGAAGUUCGUGGAAAAAACUACAGAGUGUCGAAUAAUGGAGCAUGCCCAAAGUGUUUGUACAAGGAGAAUACAUUUGUUAUCCUCGAUUUUUUGUUUCCUGCUGGUGAUAUGCCAGAGAUUUUGCAGUUUUUAAUGGCACGUGGAAAAGCUGUACUUUGGUCUAGUAAAGAACAUCUGAAUUGUAAGGAUCCACCAACAUUUUUAUGCAAUGGAAAAUGCCCAAAUGAUGCCAAGAAGUGUGGUUUUAACAUCAAUUGGUUAACCACAGAUCUUGAAAAAAUUUUUCUUUUUCCUGAGCAAAACUGCAGUGAAGUAGUUAGUGAUGAAUUAGGUCAAUCACAAGCCAUGGAUGAAGAUGAGCAAAUAGAAAAUGAAUUAGUUUCCGAAGACAAGAAAGAGUGGCAGUAUUUAUUUGGCGAUGAAACUUCAGAACAUUCUGACGAGGAGUAUGACGAAGGCCGUGUUGAUAUUGAAUACUACCGAAAUAAAGUCUCUUGGGUAGUUUUAGAUGAGAUUAUUGAAAAUGAAGAAUUGAUUUCAGUUGAAGAAGAAACCAUUAUUCGGACAAUGCUUGCAUUAGAGGAAGCCCGCACUGAUUUUAUUUAUGGUGAUAUGAAAGCAGUAGAAGUUAAUAAUCAGACAGAUAGUUCUACUAAUGAUGACAUUGAAUUGUCAAUAACGAAUCCAAGCACAGACCUUCCUAAAACGAAUGUCGCUAACAACAAUGGUGUUGCUACAGAUACCACAGAUGUGGCCAAUGCGGUAGUUUCAGACAGCGUGGUAGACUUAACGAAAACGUCUCCAUCUUUAAGUCCCACGCAAUCUGAUAUUGUAAAUGCAUCUGCUAGUGCUAGGGAUGUGACCUUAAAUUCUGAACCUGCCCAUAUUUUAAAGGGUGCACAAUAUUAUAGUGGGAAUACACAAGGUGGAAGUUCUCAGCCGGCUUUCACAUCUGCGGACUUUCCAGUUUCAACAACAGGCUUGUGUCCAUACUGUCAUUCAAAUAAUGUUGUGUACAUUAUCCUUCAAGAGGAUGAAAAGGAGGAGUUGCCAGAACUUCUUGAGAAAUUGCGAAAGCUGGGCUAUGCCACGCCCAUGAAGAAAGGUGAUCACGUUUUGCCAUCGUUUCAAUGUCGGAAUUGCACUUACGGGUUUAAUCUUGAUUGGACUGUUACUAAUUUGGAGAAGAUCUUUCUUGAAAAUCCAGCAACAUCAUACUCAUCUUAUCAAGGUUAUUAUGCUAAUGCGUAUUACCCUCAACAGAUGUAUUCAGCUUAUCCAGCAGGCCAGUACCAUGGUGCAGCAUGGAUGGGUUAUAUGCCAACUGACCCUUACUAUGGUUAUCGCUGGGAGGCUGCCACUCAACCACAGGUUGCUACAACGGGUAUACAACCUACUGUCACUGGGCAUAGUAUAUUACCUGCCUCUACUAAUGCGAACAUUACCCUUACUGAUGUGAAACUCACCAGUGAUAUUGCUGAUAAUUUGCCAGUAUCAGAAGGCGACAAUACCACUACGUCUGAUCAGAAAGCAGAUAUAGCCACGGAAGGAGGCAGUAACGUUAAAGUACCCCCGCCAACAAACGAUUCUGAAACGAUUAUAAUAGAGGAAGAGUCAGAUGUGGAGAAUGAUAGCAAUGUCGUAACGGAAGAAGGCAGUAAUUUGCAAAUAACUUCACCAACAAACAAACCUGAAACUAUUGAAGUAGAUUCAGAGUCCGACAUGGAGUUGGAGAGUGAUAAUAAUGUGGAAGAAAAAGCUUCCCAAUACAAAAACUUACAAGAAAAGGAAGGAAGCACUAUCGAGGACUUAAACGCUCAAAACAGCACUUUGCAAAAUACAACACUUGAAUCAGUGCAAGACAUUUCAACAGAAACUAAAGUAGAUAAAAAGGUUGUUGAUAAAAGUAAUACGGAGAGUGAUACGAAUGGCGUAUCGAUAAUCGAUAUUUGUGAGGCUGCAAACGUUUCGCCUGAAAUUUUGGAGAAGGAUACCCUAACAGUCGAAGAAGACGAAAAGAUGGAUACUCUUAUAGCCGGGGAAAAAGAGAAGAUGAACACUCUAAGAGGCGAGAUAGACGAAAUAAGUGACACCCUAAAGGAUGGGGAAAACAAAAAGACGGAUUCUCCAACAGCCGAGGAAAACGAAAAGAUGGACACGCUACCAAGCGAGGAAGACGAAAAAAUUGACACCCUAACUAGUGGAGAAAACGAAAAGGCAGAUUCUGUAACGGCCGAGGUGGACGAAAGGAUGGGCACCCCAACAGGUAUCGAGAAAAUGGUCAAGGUGAACGGAGAGCCUGACAAUAAGCUCAGAAAUAAACAAGAGCUAGAAAAUCAAACUUCAACAGAUGAUGCGAAUUCAAACACACGCCGAACACGAAACUCAAGAAAACGUAAUAUAAAAAAAGAAGCAAAUCCUUUAAAAGUCAUUGCGGAGGAGUGCGAUACUUCUCCUCUGUGCGUAAAAAAGCCUUGUAUUGAAGAAACUAUAUUGUCAAAUGAUAAUAAAUUGGAUGAUGUUGGCUCGCCUUUCACAGAAUCCUUAGUAAACUUGCUUACCGACACUAAUGAAAUCAGUACGAAAGCAGACGAUAUGUCGACAGCAGACGAUUCAGAUAAAUCGGUAGUAACCGAGUCUAAUAAAUUAAACUUCGCUUUAAAUCGUUACGUUGAGUCUAUGAGCACUGACUCAAUGAGCCCCAAAUCUGAUUUAUUUGACUUGAAUUUAGAAGGUUUGGUCUCGAUGGAAAAAACUGAUGUUACUAUUGAAGGACAAAACGAUCAACAAGAAGGAAGUAAUAAAACAAUAACAACUGAGAAGGAGAGCGAUGAAACGAACAGUACUACAAAAGCCGUUCAAAAAAAUGCGCGACGUGGGGGUCGUGGAAAGAGAGCAAGAGGACGGGGGCGGGGACGUGGUCGAAAAAAGGCGAAAUAAACCGCAGUUUAAAGUUUUAUGUGAAAGCUUGUAUAUUUUGUUUACUUUUAUAGCGAUAGUUUUUAUUUGUAUCA